AUGGAAAACAACCGUGAAUCAGCGAACGUGCGCUCCCUCGUAACCCGCCCAUCCGACAUAGAGCUGUAUACGGAGGUGCAGGUGAAGGGGAACCAAAGCCCGUCCAUCUCUGACGACAACGAGGGAUUCUUGCAACCCGAGAGCCAGGACGCGCGGGGGGGGCCCAAAACGUUCAUGGAUCGCAUCAAGAGGGUGGGAAGUCGCAUUGUACCAUAUGGCGGACUUGUUUCAAGUGUCUUUAACUUGUCGUCUGUGUGUGUGGGCGCGGGUAUUCUUGGCUUACCGGCAGCAGCAAACAGCAGUGGUCUCGUUAUGGCCAUUAUCUACCUCGUCACCAUUACUGCCUUUGCCGUUUACUCACUGCACAUCCUUGGCAAGACAAUGGAGAAGACAGGGCUACGCACGUUUGAGGCUAUGGCGAAGCAGCUGAUUGGAAGCCGCUUUGACUACUUCGUUGCCGGAAUCCGGUGGAUCAAUUCCUUCGGCGCCACCAUCGCAUACGUUAUCAGCGUGGGUGACAUCCUGGAGCCAAUCCUCAAGAACGUGGACGGGACACCAGAAUUUUUAACAACACACGCAGGACGCCGCGUCUUGACCACAGUGGUUUGGUUUAUUGUCAUGCUCCCGCUGGUGCUUCCGAAGAGGGUGAAUAGUCUGCGCUACGUGUCUGCCGUCGCAAUCAUUUUCGUCGUGUAUUUUGUGAUCAUGAUUGUGAUUCACUCAGCCAGGAGCGGCUUGGGCGAAGUCGAAGGGGAGGGGGGCCGAGUGAUCGUGCUCUUUAACACAGGCAACGCCGCCAUUGAAGGCCUUGGUGUCUUCAUGUUCGCCUUCGUCUGCCAGAUAAACUGCUUCGAGGUUUACUGGGAGAUGAAAGAUCAAUCUGUGCGGAACUUUACGCUGUAUGCUGCCAUCUCCAUGAUACUGUGCUGCGUGCUGUACCUGUUUACAGUAAUUUUUGGUUACUUGGAGUUUGGAAGUGAUGUGAAAAGCUCUAUCUUGCUCAUGUACAACCCUGUUAGUGAGCCAAUGGUAAUGGCAGGUUACAUUGGCAUGCUUGUUAAGUUGUGUGCAGCCUAUGCACUACAGACAAUGGCAUGCCGAAACGCUAUUUACCACGUCAUUGGAUGGGAAGUGAAUACACUCCCUUACUGGAAGCACUUUGUUGCCGUUAUUGCACUCUCAGUUGUCGUGCUGUUGUGUGGUCUGUUCAUUCCCAACAUCAACACUGUGUUUGGCCUUGUUGGAGCCAUCUGCGGUGGCUUCCUCUCGUUUGUCUUUCCCGCACUAUUCUACUUGUACUCAGGAAGCUGGACACUGCGUACAGUUGGUACCUUUGACUAUGUGGCGACGCACGCCAUGCUGGUAGCGGGUGUCGUUGGCAUUGUCUUUGGCACCAUCUCGGCCGUCUACGGCGCGGUACACAACUAG